CCAUUUAAACCGGGGGAGCCCAGCCGCUCCCUCCCCCUGGCUGCAAACCCGGCGCCGCCAGCAGCCGCAGCCGCCCGCCGCCCCGAGCCAGACAAGCCCACGCACGUGGGUUGAUUUACACCCCGGCUCCGGCCAGCUGCCUGCCCCCCCCUCGCCCAGCCCCCCCUCGCCCCGGGAAGGAGACUGGGGGCGACUCGGUGCUGCUGCUGCUGCUGCUCCUCCUCCGGGGGGUGGGGCGGGGGUCGCUGCCCGCCCGCGCGUGGGGACUUACCGCCCGGGGAGCAGGCGGCUGCAAAGAUCGAGGCGCAGAGGGGAACCGGAGACCCCCGCCCUGCAUCGCACUGAGCCGGGCUGCUGCUGCAGGAAGUGACCAUGGCAGGGCUGCACGAGCUGCGAUUCACCGAGGAGAAGCCACUGCUGCGAGGCCAGGAUACCGAGCUUGAGCAUUCGGAUACGUUCCAUUCCGCAGUGGACACGGACUGGAAGGAGCAUGAUAUCGAGACCCCAUACGGGCUGCUGCAUGUGGUCAUUCGGGGGUCCCCAAAGGGAAAUCGCCCGGCCAUCCUGACCUACCAUGAUGUUGGACUCAACCACAAGCUGUGCUUCAACACAUUCUUCAACUUCGAGGACAUGCAGGAGAUCACCAAGCACUUUGUGGUGUGUCACGUGGAUGCACCAGGGCAGCAGGCUGGAGCGUCGCAGUUCCCACAGGGGUACCAGUUUCCAUCCAUGGACCAGUUGGCUGCCAUGCUCCCUAGUGUGGUCCAGCAUUUCGGGUUCAAGUACGUGAUCGGAAUCGGCGUGGGAGCAGGAGCCUAUGUCCUGGCCAAGUUUGCUCUGAUCUUCCCGGAUCUGGUGGAAGGGCUCGUCCUGAUGAACAUCGACCCCAACGGCAAAGGCUGGAUUGACUGGGCAGCCACCAAGCUUUCUGGCCUGACCAGCUCUUUGCCUGACACCGUGUUGUCUCACCUGUUCAGCCAGGAAGAGCUGGUGAGCAACACGGAGCUGGUGCAGAGCUAUCGGCAGCAGAUCGGGAGUGUGGUGAACCAAUACAACUUGCAGCUGUUCUGGAACAUGUACAACAGCCGCAGAGACCUGGACAUUAACCGGCCCGGGACUGUCCCCAAUGCGAAAACACUUCGCUGCCCCGUCAUGCUGGUGGUGGGGGACAACGCGCCUGCCGAAGAUGGGGUGGUGGAGUGUAACUCCAAGCUGGAUCCAAUCAACACCACAUUCUUGAAGAUGGCUGACUCUGGGGGGCUCCCACAAGUCACACAGCCCGGAAAACUGACCGAGGCCUUUAAGUACUUCCUGCAAGGGAUGGGUUACAUUGCGUACUUGAAGGAUCGGAGGCUGAGUGGAGGAGCAGUGCCCUCGGCCAGCAUGACCCGGCUGGCCCGCUCCCGCACUGCCUCCCUCACCAGCGCCAGCUCGGUGGAUGGCAACCACCCCCGGGCCUGCACCCACUCGGAAAGCAGCGAGGCCAUGGGGCAGAUCAACCACACCAUGGAGGUAUCGUGCUGAGGUCUUUGGUCCCUCCGCUGUCUCCUCUUCCUCCUCCGCCGGAGACAUUUAGCAUCGUUCUGCAUCGAGUCACCAUCCAAACGGCCAUCCUGUUCGGCUUCCAACAGUUACCGUGUCGGGGGUUCAUUUUCUUUCUCGUCGGGUUUUAUUUUUUUUUUCCUUUUAAUAUUACAUAAAAAAGGGGAGAUGGGAAGUACCAUUGUAAGACCAACGGUUCAGUCCACCUCUAGCUAUAGCUGCAACUUUGAAUUAGUGACGUUAUCCUGUUGUCAGUCCAGCAGUAACAAAUCUCUCCAGUGGUCAGGUCCGUAGGGUUCUUUGGCCCCGCCACUUACGUAGCGUGUUAGCCGAAGGCUCGGGUUCCUAAGGUCACUGGGGGGGAAGUGUCCGCGAAUUGGCCAGCGGCAGGAAAGCUCAAGCAAGCACGUAAUCCCGUACGUGUCCAUAGUCACCAAAAGGCUCAUCACAAUUCUGUCACCUGAGGUGGGGUGUUCAUAACAAUCUGGGCUGGUUUGUUUAAAUAAACUGCUCAGAGUUCAAUGUAGCAUGCCCCCCCCCUUCCACUGAUCACCACCGUCUUUUUUUUUUUUUUUUCUCCGAUUGACCUGCCCCCGGGAGAAUUGAACCUAGGAUCCCAAGAGCCAAAAGCAUGAAUCCCUACCACUUGAACUAAAAAGACCACCUCAAUUAGCCAUAGUACGCUCCUAAACUGCUAUAAAUGGUUCGGCCACUAGAGGGGGCAAAGCCCCACACAGCGUUUACAUGGCUUAAACACUCCAUGUUGUUGACAGGUUUCAGAGUAGCAGCCGUGUUAGUCUGUAUCCACAAAAAGAACAGGAGUACUUGUGGCACCUUAGAGACUAACAAAUUUAUUAGAGCAUAAGCUUUCGUGGACUACAGCCCACUUCUUCGGAUCCAUGUUGUUGAGUGUCACUGGUAGCGGUACCCAGGGUGGCUCCAUGCAUCGUUGGGUUAAUGUGGGAGAUGGGGAGGAAGAAACAAAAAGGGCUUGAGAAAUCCGGGUUUUAAAAUGUCGCUGCCCACUGGGAUUUAAUCCUGGUCAUGCUGAAAACGAAGCAUUUGCCUAGCCGUGGAAAGAGCAAUACGGAAGGUAGCUGCUCUGCAGAAUGGCUCCCCGGGGCCUUCCUUCCUAGCCCUCUGGCCUGUCCAUCCAAAACAGGAAGUAGAAUUGUUUUAAGGCAGGAAGUGACAUGUCAUGAGGACUGGGCAUUAGCCCCUCCCCUACAAGACACCCAAAUGCUGCCGGGGUGAGAUCUGUCAAAACAUAUAAUAAAAAUAACAAUGCCCCAAGAAAUACCUACACGCAGUGAGACCUGGCGAGCUCUGCCCUUUCUGGUGCCGAGAAAGCGCCCAAGUCACAGGAUCUUAAAUUUGCCCCGGACGCAUUUCGAACCAAUGAAUAGUCGCGCACGAGCCAGUGCUAUAAACUAAGCUCCCGGGUGCUCCGUGGCGGUACGGAGCCCAGGGGUGCCCGUGCGUGCGUUUGUGACUUGUGCGCACACACGUCCCCUGUACAAUUCUUUUUUGCAAGAAGGACAAUCAACGACAGUAACCAAAACCAGACUAAACUCCUCGGCAGCCUCUGCGCCUCCCCCUCCCUCCCAUACCGAGCCAAGGUUCACAAGGGAAAAGCUCCUUCCCGGCGCCCAGAGCAGGAUGUUGGGGCCAGAGAAUGGAGGACACCUAUGCAGGGGCGGGUGAUUUCCAGGACAGGGCUGCUGCCUGUGCAGGUUCUUUCUCCCUCCCUUAACGUGAGCUCUGUUUCUGCUCUCCAGAAAGGCUGUUAGAAGCAAACGCUCCAGGAACCUAGAGGAAGGGUCCAGAGGCUGGGGGGGCAGCUGCUCUUGUUCUGUUGCUGCUUUGUGCUCUGUUGGUGGACGAUUGUCGUAUUUACAGGCCAUGUGCUGGGGAUAGCCCGCCCAAGGGACAAAAGCAGGGCUUAAUUUGUGCCAGAGCCCGCCAGGGCUGAUUCCCGGCACCUCUAGGCUUGGCAGUUCAGAGCCCCGGCACUUCUGGGCUUGCCACAUCCGUUAUGAAAGUAAAAACAUUGCCCUGGUACCGCUUUCAUCACAAAUUAAGCACUGGACAAAAGCAUCUUCCAGGGGGUUUGUACAGCACCUACCACAACUGGGCUAAGUUCUAGCGAAUGGGUGAGGCAUCUUUACGUGAUUGGGCCAUGCCUUCAUUGGGUGUUGUGUGCAUCCCACAAGCAGGCAGCCUGGACUCCAGAAAUGCGUCUCUCCGACUGACUGUGUGUCCUUUACUAGCUGAAUGAAGUCAGUAAUUUGUCCCAGCUUGUUCUGUUUACUGUUAGUCUAGGUGAGUUGGGCUUUGAACUUGGCAUCCUAUGCCCACUGCUAGGCAGGCGUGAGGCCUGGUUUCUUGGCUUUGUGCCAGUGUUGCUGUGGUUGGCACAGUGGACUCAGGGCAAGUGGGUACCAGCUUUCCUGGGGAUAUGUGAGUCUGCAUCAGUCAGUGUUUUGCUCCCCAGAUUCUGGUGGGAAACACCCAGUGCCAACACCUCUCCCCGCAUGCCCCAUUCUCAUUGUGUCGGACUCAUUUGUCGCUUGGCGUUCCAUGCUGAGCGGCUGUCCAGGGCUUGGUUCUUCCUCAGUGUUGUGGCUGGAUCCAUUCCGAGUUGGUUAGGUUCCUGCAUGUCUGUGAUCCGUCCCGAGGAGCUGGGGCUCAGAGUGGUUUGGGUCUGGUGCACAGGAUGUGACUGCAAAUUGCACUGUAACAAAUCCAUGUCUCCGUGCUGUAUGGCUGCUCAGAAUGUCCUGGCGACAGCGGGGAACUGAACACAGAUCCUCUUGUUCCAAAAGCCCAGCCCUACCCACUCGAGCUAAAGGAGAAUCUCUGUGAGCUGUUAGCAGUACAGGGCCCAUGACAUGCAGCUGAGCAUUUUUGAUUCCAUCCGGUAAAUGGCUUGUUAGCCAGUUUGUUCCAGGGUUUACUAGUUGGUGUGUUGGGAGUGGCAAUUUCCCUAGUCUCACCCGUCAAUGGGAUUCCCUUGGUUGUCAGCGCUUGUAUGUAGAGGGUGAGGAGUGCUUGGGAGGGCGUCUGGGGUAAGGGGAGCUACGUUAUCAUGUACUUUGUAUGUAAGGGCUGCCGAAACUUCAUAUUAGCCCCGCAGGGUCACCUGGCUGUGGGGAUCUGCCCCCAAAACACCAUCCCAGCAUCAGCUGGGUACAGCCCACGUGCAGUCCCUCUGCAUGGCUCUAGAACAGUUCCUUUUGCACCAGCCCUGGGGGGCAGGGAGAGAAACAAGAGCUGACAUGUGUGCAAGACAUUCCCGGGAUCAGCCACUGUCUCCUUCCACCAUGUCCCAGGCAAAAGUGAGUUGCCGAGGGAGGCCACAAACCAGUGGGCCAGGCGUGAGCCACGCCCGCAUGGGAGUGCCAUAUUUUUUAUGUCAGGAUGAGAACCCUCCCCUUCCUGUUGCAUUGCCCCUGGGCCAGAGGAGGGGGGAAAUGGACCAUAAGAUGAAGUCCAAGGGACUACAGAAGCCCAUGAGGAACACAUCCAGUGGCAUUCUGUGCCAUUUCAGCCGGUAAAUGCCAACUCACUGCACUGGAACGCUGCAGAGCCAGUUAAUGAGGUACUGAGCACGCAUCAUCUCAGAUGCUGGGUCUCCAGUCCCUUUGACACACCCAACUUCCAUUCUGGUCCUUUGUGACCACACAGCCCCUACAGGGCGCCUCAGCUGCCUGGCUUGCCACACUAGGAGCUGGAGGGAACAGAUUCAAAGCUGAUCAUACUAGCAGCAAGAAGAAAUUCUAUUAGAGAUAAAAAGAGAAACAGCAUUCAACAUCCCAUGGUGUUCCAGACACGCUGUCUCUUUCACGCAUAUGCUAUCUAGGAGAGUGUGCGUCUCUGGAUAAAUACAGAACACACACGCCACACACACACACAUAGUGCAUUGAAAUGGUAUGACAUCACCACAAGCAUUCUAGAAACUCUCUGUUGUGUAUUAGUUUGUCCCAGACUCUGUUUUUCCGUGUGCUUCCUUCUGAACAUUAAAUGUGAAUGUUUGAAAGCUAGUAGGAAUUCUUUUUACUGUAGAUACUGCUGCAAUUUUUCUUGUUUUUGUUUUUUAGUGUGUCCUUUCAGAUAAUAUAUAUAUAAAUACCUAUACAUAAUAUAUAUAUUGGAUUUUUUCCCCCCUCUUUCUUUCGUUCUUGUAGCAACUGGUAACAAAUGUGUGGUUUUAACAUUUAAGGUGUUCUGGCUGUAAUUUUGUUCUGGGUUUGUUUUUGAGUUUUUUCUUUUUUCCUGGUUAAGGUGGAAUUUACUGAAUUUCAGACUUCUGUAUGAGGUGAAUCCUUAUAUUUUUGUGCAUUAAGAUGGUUGAUGCUCAGAAAGUUGCAUUGAUGCCAUGGUAUUUACAGACGACUACAAAAAUGUAAAAUGGAAGAAAAAAUGGUUGAUGUAGAAAGGAUUACUGUGUCGAAAACUAAUAAAGACAUUAAGAAGAACCCA